AAAGUUUCUUAUGUUCUAAGAAAAAUAUCGUCAACAUCCUCAAGCUCAGUGCUCCUGGCGUCACGACAAGAUGAAGACGUCAUUGCUCGCUCUGAUUAAUGUUGUGUUCUAUGUUCGCAGUGCCGAGAUUGUUGCACCAGCGGCGUGUUCCCUCCAUCUGCAGACUGACGAACCACCAGUCACAGUCGCCUUCCGCCUUGGUGAUGAAUAUUCCAUCAACUUUAGUGUCAGCGGCUCUGGUGCGGACUUCAUGAUAAACAAAACCGAGAAUGCUCUCCGGACCUUUUCUGUGUCUCAAAACAGAACAAUUUAUGAGGCAUCGAUUUCUAAAAGUUGUUCAGGAGAAUGUACAUAUCUGAACUUCUCGGCCAAUAUACAUGCCUUAACAACUGAAAUAUGGUGUAAAGAAUGGAAGUUUGUUAUUCCUAUUUUCAUCGGGAAUAAAUCGGACGAAAAUAUAACUUUGACAUGGCAACACGUGACGGGAGAAGCGGAGCUGUGUGAAGGGUACGAACAGUAUGAUCCUGGACAAUGUCUAUAUCUGAAACCCAUAUAUUUCCCAGUGACAGCCAUGGUGACCGGCCUGAUCUACGUAGUGAUGACAAUGGUUCUGAGUGUGUUGUUGUACCUAGGGGACCAUAAGUAUGGCUGGCGCUGUAGGCUGGAGAGUUGAACUGUAGCAGUCAGCAGUCAGCAGACCACAGUUUUCAGAUUCGGGAGAUCUGCGGUUGCUGCUACUGUUACUUGAGUUGUAGCAACUGCUGCCUCUGUUGCUGCUUUUGCUACAACCCUUCUACUCUUGCUUUUGCUGCUGUGCUGUUGGUACUCUGGUUAUUGCUACAACUGCUUCUUUUGCUGCUACUCUUGCGCAACCGCUCACGUCAAGAUCCUUCAAGCAGAGGGCGAAAGAGACCAUAGUGGUCUCAAAUUUCCCAGCUCGUCGUCUUUGGGUCCACAAGGUUUACGUCAAAUACUUAAUCAAAUCUACACAAUUUUUUUACUUUCAGCUCACUUGAUCAUCUUCGAAGCUCUGACUCGAAAGAUGCUUUAUUCACCUUCAGUUUAUCGUGUAUUUAACUUGGAAAUAAAAGUAUUAUUAAAA